GGAGGGGAGAGGGGAGGAAGGGGGCGGAAGUGCGUCACGGCUACUUCCGGUGAGCGGAGCGAUUCAAGAUGGCGGCGCUGGUGUUGAGAUGCGUCUCUCGGCGCUGCCUCCUGGCCCGGCUCAACCCCGGCCCCUCCAUUAACCACCUGGUCCCCAUGGCCACCACAGCCAAAGAGGAGAUGGCUCAUUUCUGGGAGAAAAACACCAAAUCCAGCCGUCCUUUAUCCCCUCACGUCUCCAUUUACAAGUGGUCCCUGCCCAUGGCCAUGUCCAUCACUCACCGUGGCACCGGCGUUGCUCUCAGUUUAGGUGUUUCUCUUUUCAGCCUGGCUGCUUUGCUGCUCCCAGAGCAGUUCCCCCAUUACGUGGCCGUGCUGAAGUCCCUCAGUCUGGGUCCUGCUCUCAUUUACUCCGCUAAAUUCGCUCUGGUUUUUCCCUUUUCUUAUCACACCUGGAACGGGAUCCGGCACCUGGUUUGGGAUAUGGGGAAGGGCUUCAAGCUCACCCAGGUGGAGCAGUCGGGGGUCCUGGUUCUGAUUCUGACCCUUCUCUCCUCCGCUGGCAUCGCAGCCAUGUAAUGACAUAUAACACAGCCCCCCCC